AUGUCCAUAAAAAUGGAACAUGGCUCUUCUUCGGAAAGUCAGGAUCUUAUUUCCAAUGAUCAACUUCAAAACUUGUCAAAUGAUGGAGAAGGGUCCAUAUCAGAUUCAUCAAAUAAACAACGUAAAAGAAAAAAAAGGCAAACAGGUGUAUUUAAUUGUGAUUUUGAAGGUUGUGAUAAAGUCUUUUCACGUGCUGAGCAUUUAGCAAGACAUAAAUUAAAUCAUAAUCCAACAGUUAUUUAUCAUUGUCCUUGGGAUAAUUGUGAAAAAUCAUUCGUACGGAAAGAUCUAUUAGAAAGACAUUCUAAAAGACAUGAAGUACGCAAAGCCAAAGAAGAAGCAAAGGCAAGAGAAAGAGCAAACAACACAGAUAAUAAAAGAAAAAGAAGAAAAAGAACCACCGAUGAUGAUGGCGUUACAGCAAUGAAAAAUGAAAACGAAAGUUCAUUACCAAAAAUACCCAUCAACUCAUUAGAUUCAAUCAUAUUACCAAAUGUUGUUGACGAAUCAAGAGUUGAUAUACAUGAUUAUGGAAAUGAGUCUCAUCUAAGUGCAGCAAAUCCAGAACUGAAUGCUUUACAGGAUGGUCCGAUAACAACGACAGACGCAACUACUUUAUUAACAGAAAGAAAUCAUCAAAUGCAUCGUCAUCACUCCCAUAAUCCACAUUCUCAUAUAUCACCGACUUUAACUAUGUCUCCACAAUCUAUGAGAUCACUAAGUGCUGGUGCAGUUCCUUCUUCAGAUCAUUUAAAUCCACCUGCAAGUCCUUCAAAUUUAAUUAAUUGGUUAUUUGAUGAUAAUAAUCCAGCAAAAAUUGGUAAUUUAGAGACUUUACCGAAUUUCAGUGGUGAUAAUUUUUUCAAUCCAAAUGAUGAUCCUUUUGGAUUAUCAUCAAAUUUAUUAGAUGACAUUUUACAAAUUCCACCAAACUUCCCAAAUCCGGCUCAGCAAACGUCAAUUACACCAGAAAUAAGACAGGUUUUAAUAAAUUUAGUACCAAGAAUUGCCUAUCAUGAUUAUUUGCAAUAUUUAGAAAAAUUUAUGGAUCUUUAUUGGACUUGUUUCCAUAUUCAAUAUCCAAUUAUUCAUAGACCAUCAUUUAACACAGCAACUUGCCCACCAAUUUUAUUGUUGAGUAUGAUUAUGACAGGUGCAAGUUAUGCAACGGCUGAACCAAGCUCAACUUUCACAAGAGAUCCAAGAGAAUUUGCAGAUUUAAUAGCUGAACCUUUAAGAUUAAUCAUUUUCAGUUCUGAUGAGUUUCAUCCGCCUUCAGAAAUCCAUAUAAUUCAAAGUUUGUUAUUAUUAGAAUGUUAUGAAAGAUUCGCAAGUAAUAGAAAAUUACAUGAACGUGCAUUUUUACAUCAUGGUACUACUAUUCAAUUAUUAAGAAGAUCACCAGGUAUGGGUGGUAAUCCAUUAAAGAAUAAAACUGAUUAUCAUAGAAAUAAAAAUGCCACCAUUUGGGAAAAAUGGAUUGAGUUUGAAAGUGUUAAGAGAUCAACAUUGUUUGCAUUUUAUAUUGACUCAACACACUCAAUUGUCUUCGGUUAUCAGUUGAUGCUUUUUUCGAAUCAUGUUCAAUUAGAUUUACCAUGUGAUGAUGAAUUAUGGGAAAGUUAUUUAACACCAACAGAAAUUCCAAAUCGUAAUGAUUCAUUACCUUUCCUUGUUGGGUUGAAAAAGGUUCUGAAUAGAGAACCUGUUAAAACUAGUAAAUUUGGUAAAAAAAUAUUAAUGUCAGGUUUAUUAACUGUUAUGUCACAAAUGCAACAAAGAGAUUUACAAGGUUCAAUAUUGGAAACUGAACAGUUAAGAGAUUCAUGGAAGGAAACUUUAAGUUUAGCUUUUGAUUAUUGGAAUUGUGAUAUAAUGGAAGGUUGUUGUAAUACUGAAAGUGCAUACUUAUUGAAAGAUCAAUCAUUGAAAAGUAUUCGUCCAUAUUCAUUAACUACAGAUGAUACUAAAUGUAAAAUUCCAGUUUAUCAUAUGGCACAAAUUACAUUAAGAGUUCAACAUUAUGAUUAUUUUGUUUAUGCAGGUGCACCAUGGAGAAUGAAUGUUUAUGCUGAACCAUCAGAUUAUGAAUUAGUUGAGAAAAAAAUACGUGAAUGGGCAAAUUCAUCUGCUGGUAAAAUUUCAGUAAUUUAUGGUUAUUUAUUUUUAUUUGAAAUGUUUUUAACUCCACAAGAUGUACCAAUACAAUCAAAUUUGGAAUAUUCACCAGAAACAGAUGCUAUUUUGAAUAGAUUAAAUGUUUUAGCAUUGGUCACAUUAUUGAUUUGGUCUUAUAACUAUAAUUUGGAUGGACCAGAAUCCAAGUUGUUAGAGGAAGAUCCAGAAGGUAAAUGGCCAGAGUAUUCGUCUGAGAAUGGAUAUGACCAUUUAAGAAGAAUUAGAGAUCAAUUGACAAAACUAACAGGCAAGAAAGUUCAUACCAUUGCACAUCAAGAUAGUGUACAUUUCCAUAAUGCCAUGUUACAACAAGCUUCUAAAUUAGAUUUGGUUCCAAAGAAACAUCACAUGACUGGAUUAUUAGGAAUGAUUUCACAAAGUUUCAGUAAAUGUUACUGGGAAGUUGGAGUUGAGUUUUCUAGAUUGAUUUCAAACUGUCGUCGGAGAAGUUUUGGCAGUCCAAAAGUUCGUUGUGAUAAUAUGUAUUCUACACAGUUAUGA